AUGCCUCCCGCAAAAAAGUCCACUGGCAAGAAGGUUGCUCCUGCUCCUUACCCCAUCAAGAAGACCUCUCAAAAGACUGGCAAAGGCAACCCUCUCCUUGAGAGCACUCCUCGUAACCAUGGUAUCGGUCAACACAUCCAGCCCAAGCGUGAUGUCUCUCGCUUCGUCAAGUGGCCCGCUUACAUUCGUCUUCAACGCCAAAAGCGUAUCCUUUGGACUCGUCUCAAGGUUCCUCCUGCCAUCAAUCAAUUCACUCACACCUUGGAUGCCAACACCUCUGCUCAGCUUUUGAAGCUUGCUGAAAAGUACCGUCCCGAGUCUAAGGCUGAGAAGCGUUCCCGUCUUCGUGCUUUGGCUGAGGCUAAGGCUAACAAGAAGGAGGCUCCCAAGACCGAUAAGCCCAUUGUUGUCAAGUAUGGUUUGAACCAUGUCACUUCCUUGAUUGAAAACAAAAAGGUCCAACUCGUUGCCAUUGCUUCGGAUGUCGACCCUGUUGAAUUGGUCCUUUGGUUGCCUGCUCUUUGCCGCAAGAUGGGUGUCCCUUACUGCAUCGUCCGCAACAAGUCUCGUCUUGGCCAAGUUGUCCACAAGAAGACUGCCACUGUUCUUGCCUUCACUGAAGUUAAGGAUGCCGAUAAGGCUGAACUUGCUUCCCUUGUCUCCGCUGUCAAGGCUAACUACAAUGACAAGUGGGAAGAACACCGCAAGCAAUGGGGUGGUGGUAUCAACGGCGUCAAGUCCCAAGCCAAGAUGGCUAAGCGUGCUGCCGCUGCUGCUAAGGAACUUGCUGCUCGUCAGUAA